GUCCCGGCGCCAGCAGCUGCGAGGCCCCAAAAGUGCAUCCUAGGAAGGAAAAUGCGGUGCGGACCCCUGUGCCAGCUCCUGUGGCUGUGGCCCUGUCUGUUGUGUGUUCAAGCUGUGUCCAUCUGGAAAGUCCGGGAUGACACCAAAACCCUCAUCAAAACCAUCCUCACCAGGAUCAGCGACAUUUCACACACGCAUGCAGUCUCCUCCAAACAGAGGAUCACCGGUUUGGACUUCAUUCCUGCACUCCACCCGAACCUGAGCUUGUCCAAGAUGGAUCAGACGUUGGUCCUCUACAAACACAUCCUCACCAGUCUGCCUUCCCGGAAUGUGGUCCAAAUUGCCAAUGACCUGGAGAACCUCCGGGACCUUCUGCACCUGGUAGCUGCCUCCCAAGGCUGCCCCCCACCCCGGGCCAGUGAUCUGGAGAGCCUGAACAGUCUGGAAAGCAUCCUGGAAGCCUCCCUCUACUCCACAGAGGUGGUGGCCCUGAGCAGGCUGCAGGGAUCUCUGCAUGAGAUGCUUCAGCAGCUGGACAUUGGCCCUGGGUGCUGAGGCCCUGCAGGCUGCUCUGCCCCAGGAGCCACAUCAAGGGAAGAGGCAUGCUUCUAGAUGUCUCUAAGAGAAGAGAACCUUGCACGGACGUUGCUUCUCCAGGACUCUGGCCAUUUCUCUUUUACUCCUCCAAGCCCCUCCAAAGUCCCAAGAUUCCAUUUUGCUUGAAAUCAAAGAUUCUUUGCUCACCAUGAAGACUUCCUCUCUCUCACUGCACACUCAAGUGGGACCCCAGGGAGAGAUUCAGGCUGGGAGAGGAGCCUUCGGCCCAUCAGUGCAAAGCCUCUGGGAAUUCUGGGGGAGCGUGUCUUGAAGGCUCCAUCUGGGCUAGAAGUACACAAGCAGCCAGAGUGGGGAACACACAUUAAUUUAUUAUGCCUUUGAUUCCAAGUGGAUUUGAAGCUAAGCAGCAGCCUUCCCAAGCUUUUGGGGGUGAUCAGCCAGGGCUGAGGAUAGCAUGCUCCUUGAGUGAACCCCAUUGUUGGUUCUGACCCAGAUAAACCCAUUCUCCAUGACUUGAAGAUUGGGGUUGUCUGAGUAACAGACCCUUACUUUUAGGCUUUUAGGUUUGCUGUUUGCUAACUGGUGUUGUGUCUGCUGGGAUCAGUUUUAAGUGAUGGUAAUUGCCACGGUGUUGUCCUGAGUGGACUUCCAAGGGCUCAAAUUAGUUCUUAAAAGCAGGUUAAUUUUGGCAAGUGUUGUGUGUCAGUGUGUGCACCUGUGGGUUACGGGAUGUGUUGGUGGGAUGGGGAAGGGUUCAGAAUGGAUUUCCUAAGUAAUAUGUGUGUGGUCGGCUCUUUGCACAGAGUGAGGUGAUCUGAUCUUCUGCAGCCAUUGAAGAUGGUUUUCUUGAAAGAUAACAAAAUAACAGCUUUGUCAGGGCAACUAUGAGAUUUUGCAGGUGUCGUAGAUAGAGGGUGCUGAGGGUGGGACUUGUUGGCUAGGGCAAUGGUGAGCUCAGUGAGCAAGAGUUCUACAUACCAUCUUCCAAUGAACAAUCCAUGGUUGGCCCCAGUCUGGGUUUACAGCAGUGUCCCGCUGUGACAAAUCAGGGUUCUGGUCAGUCACAUCCACAGCAAGGUCACAUUUCUCCCACCUCACCUUUCAUGGGAAUUUUAAUUUUGGGGGGAAAAUGAACUUGGAGCAGCUGAUCCCAGCCCUGGGCCAGCAGUGCUGGGUGAGGGCCAGGCCUUUAAGCCAGGCCAAGCAGGAUCACCCUGCUGCUGGAGGAUGAACAAGCAGGCUUGGGUUUUUCCAUGAUCCUGCCACUGUGAUGUUGCCCUCAUCCCUCUGUGGGCAGGCGCUCUGUCUAAGGCAACAAACCUGGAGCCUAGGCACCUGCUCCGUGCUCGUCCCUGACCGAGCCAGGGACGCUCACCCAAGAAACAUGCAAAUCCAGUCCUGCCCUAAGGGCUGGUGUGUUCUUCAGGCAAAACCCCACUUGCUGCUGUGCCAAGGCCAAGCUUCUGCACUGACAUCCACAGCCCCAGCAGGUGCCCCAUGGAGGGGUGUGAGCGUGGCACUCCCAGCAGUGCAGUUAACCCAGCUUGCGCUCCUUGGCAUGUGCAUACUUUCAGGACAAACUUUAGCAUCUGUUACUGUGCAGCCACACCCUGGCAUUUUUAAAAAGAUUUAUUUGUUUACUUGAAAAGUUGAGUUACAGAGAGGGAGGAACAGACAGCGAUCUUUCAUGCACUGGUUCACUCCCCAGAUGGCUGCAUCAGCAAGGAUUGGGCCAGACCGAAGCCUGGAGCUUCUUCCAGGUCUCCCAAGCGGAUGCAGAGGCCCAAGUCCUUCACACACUCCUGAAGUCAGUUCUGUGCAAUGCUUUUCAUUAUUGUGCACACCAGAGUUUCCACAGUGUGGAAUUUUCUCUUGUCGGUCAUGUCAGUUGGUGCUCUGAAAGCUGCGACUUUGCAAAUGAGAGCUAAGACUGUGGCAGCGGACAGGUGGCCGGAGCAGGCCUAGAGGCCAGUGCGUCCCUCAGGCCAGGUAACACCGAGGCACAACUUAGAGCAGGGUGCACAGGAGUGCUCUCUGCAAGAGAGGUGCUUUGGCGGCCCUGAAGAACAUGAGCUGCCUGCAGGGAGGAGGUGGUUGUGUGCAGGUGUGAGUGCGAUGGGCAAGCGACAGCGACAGGUGGAGAGGAAAGAGGUGGGAGGGAGAGGGGCAUGUUGAGGGACUAAGGAGUCAGAUGGCCAGGUAGUUCAGAGUCCUAGUUCUGGAGCAGAGGCUGUGUGGUGGCCGGGUGGGACCUGCUCAGGAAGCCGUGACUUAGGUCAUGGGUUGAGGCGUCUGGGGCUUUCUGCUCCCAAAACCUGGCACGGCAGCCUGUGAUCAAGAAAGGGAAGCUUUCCAAAUGCAAGUGAUUUUCUUUCUUUCUAUUUUAUUUUUUUGCAUUAUUUAAAAAUGUUGAAAAUAGAUCUUUGAAGAAA